AUGGCAAAAUUAUUUGAAAUAACAAGAUCUUAUCAACACGUGACAGAGAAAUUAGAAUUAUUAAGAGCAGCUGAUGUGUUAAUGAUGGACUCGUUUGUUGAUUAUUUAGAACAGAAUUUGAUAAUUGAGGGAAAAAGUUGGAAUAAGACUCAAGCGAAUAAUCUUGAUGAUGAUAAAUUAAAAUAUAAUCGAGAUUAUGAAGAAUCGAUCAAAUUAUAUGAGAAAUAUUCAAUGUUGCCAUUUAAUUUUCAUUUAAUAUUUAGGACUAAUGGAAAUGAAUUGAAAGAAGAAACCGACACUAAUAAUAGCAUAUGGAAACAAUAUUGUCACGAUCAAGGACCAACAUUAACAGUCAUUAGAACAAAAAAUAUUAACGAUGAUGAAGUUGUAUUUGGUGGAUUUAAAUCUGUUAGUUGGUCAAAUCGGGAAGAUGAAAAUGUUGGGGGUGGGGGUAAAGGUUUUAUAUUUGGAUAUUUAUGGCAAGAUGAUAAAUUAUUAUUACCUUGGAUGUUACCUGUAGAAAAUCAUUUUCACGGUGAUAGAAUUUUGGGAGAUGGACAAUUAUUAUACAUUGAUUUUACAAAUGGUAAUCAAUUAUUAGCUCAUGCAAAUGGUUGGAACUUAGAAGCUACUAUAGAGGAAUUAGAAGUUUUUAAGGUUGUACGCAAAAACGUAUAA